GGCCAUUUCAGCGAUUUUUUGUCGUUUCAUCAUUUCAUUUUCAUAAAUUAAACAUUGAUUGUUUUAACAUGACUAAAUCUACUGUACACAAAUCGUUCGCCUUCGACUCGACACGAACGCAUUUCGAAAAUCGUUUAAAACAGAUAUUUGCGAUAAAUAAAUAUUUGCGUUGCCAUGUUGUGUAAUUAGCGAAACGUGGGAACGCGUCGAGCCGGCGAAUUUGAUAAAAAAAAAAUGCGAACGAAAAACUCGGAUCGUUUCAUUUCGCACGAGCAUCCCGCCGGAUGCGAUCGAAGUCAAUAAAUUCAUUCCGUUUAAUCGAUCUUUUUCGAUCUACUUUCCGCGCCAUAUUUGCCCGGCGAACGUCACCGGUGCGAUUCUAAUCUUAGUAAUCUUCGACAAACUUGUUUUGUCGACGCGCUACCAGUAUAAAAAAACCGGCCCGAAAAGCGAUUAAUCCAAUUCGAAGGUACUCUUCACCCACGCCUAACAUGUGAGUGUCACCAAACAGGCCCCCCGAAACGCGCUAGCCAUGAAGUCGAGUCUCGACGCGAGCCGGUUCUACAGGAACUCCUUGUACCAAUACUACUCCUGCUUCACCGCCACCCUGACGUUCGUCGUCAGCGGCAUGCACUACAGCUGGACGUCCCCCUCGCUGCCCGCCCUGCUGGCGGCCGAUUCGCCGGUGCCGGUCACGGAGAGCGACGGCUAUUGGUUGGCCAACAUGCCCAUGUUCGGGGCGGUGGCCGGCAGCCUGUCGGCCCCUCUGCUCGUCGACCUCCUGGGCCGGCGCAGGACCAUCAUGCUGUGCUCCGUCCCGUACAUACUCUCUUGGAUCAUGAUCCUGUUCGCCGGCAGGAUCGAGCUGAUGCUGGCGGCCAGGUUCAUAGCGGGCAUCUCGGACGGCUGGGGAUUCUCCGCCGUGCCGAUCUACAUCGGGGAAAUCACCGAGCCUAAGAUCCGGGGAUUGUUCGGUUCGUCGGUCAGCGUCGCUUAUAUUCUCGGCAUGUUGCUGAUCAACAUCGUAGGCUCCUACUGCACCGUCAGCCAAACAGCUUUGAUAUCCUGCUGUUUACCAGUCGCUCUGCUGGUCGCCGCCAAAACGAUACCCGAAUCUCCCUACUUUCUCAUCAUGAAAGGCAACACUGCAGGUGCUAAAGAGAAUUUGCGGUUGCUACGAGGCCGUUUCGACGUGGACGAGGAGACCGCCAGGAUACAAGGCAACAUCGAAAAGGACGCGUCGAUCAAAACCAAUCCGACGGCCCUUCUGACGGUCCCCGCCAACCGCAAGGCCUUCCUGGUGCUCGUCCUGUUGAAGUCCACGCAGGAGCUGAGCGGCGACUCGGCCAUCGCCUUCUACACACAAAGCAUCUUCAAGGAAGCCGGCAGCGACAUGCCCGAGCAGCUGGCCGCCAUCGUGUUCUUCUCGCUGGAGCUGCUGGUGACCGCGGUGGCGUCUGGCGCGGUCGACCGGAUCGGCCGGCGGCCGCUGUUGAUCUUCUCCGUGUGCUCGGUGAGCGCCACGCUGCUGGCCGAAGGCGGCUACUUCUACGCGAGGAACUGCACCGCGUGGGACGUGAGCGGCCUGACGGCGGUGCCGCUGGCGGCGCUGUUCGCGUUCGUCGUGUGCUACAGCUUGGGCUUGAAGACGAUACCGAUGCUGAUGCUGGGCGAGGUGUUCCAGCAGGACGUGAAGGCGGUGGCGUUGUGCGCCGGCGAUCUGUACGCCGUGUUGAUGGUGACCAGCGUCACCAAGGUGUUCCAGGUGACCAAGGACGCCUACGGGAUGCACGUACCGUUCCUGUUCUUCGGCGCCUCCUGCGCGGCGCUCCUGGUGCCCGUCGUGUUGUUCGUGCCGGAGACCAAAGGGAAAACCUUGCAGGAGAUCCAGAACUACUUCAAUUCGCAAACAAAGACUGUUAGAGUUUAGUUGUAAUAAAUUUUUUU